AUGGGUAAGAAGAAGGUUUUCAUUGAUAGGAAGAAUGCGCAACAUUUCCGACUUGUCCCAGACACGCGUGAGCGAAGUGAAAGAUUUAAGCCAACUCCGGAACAUCUCGAAGAGCAGCAGAAGUAUGGAGUUUUUUACGACGAUGAUUACGAUUAUUUGCAACACUUGCGAGCCAUUAAUGAGCCGAUGAAGUUACAAGAUGUCAAUGAGGAAGUUGAGCGAGUUACAAUAAAAGCUCAGAAACCAACAUUUCCACCAGCUCCACCUGUCUUCGGCUUGGUUGGAAACUCAAAAUCCGCAGAAUUUCAUGACGAAGAAGUUGAAAAGGCUUUGGAGGGUGAAGGUGUUGCGGAUGGCGUUCUUGAAGACAAUUUCAUCGAGCUUGCUGGCGGUGUUAUUGACGAUCGAAUGACGGCGUUUCGAGACCGCUCGUUUUUUGAAGACGAUCAUACUGAUGAUGAUGACGACGAUGAUGAGGAGAUCGGAGAUAAUGAAAAAGGUUAUACAUUCGAAGAUGACGAGGUCUACCCUGAACAUGAAAAACGGCUGACAAGAGAAGAAAUGCGCGAAAUGGACGAAAUUUUCGAGCAAGUCAUGGAUGCUGAAUAUAACGAAGAUCAGAUUGGAGAACUUGAUGGUGACGAUUACGAUGUGGGAGGGUGUUUGGAACCUAGUGGUGGUCGACUUCACCAAUUGGUCAAUGAUGCCGCCAGUUUUAGAAAUACGGAAGAUGAGGACAAGGAGAUCGCUAAGCGAUACACUUUGGAACGAAUGCGCCUAAUUGAAGAAGGAAAACUGAAGGAAAAAGAAGAAAUGGAGAUUGUGGAAGUUGAUGAUUCGAGAAAGCGAAUGAAAUGGGAUUGUGAAUCGUUUGCCACGCAAUACACUAAUAUCUACAAUCACCCAACGCUUAUUCGCGACAAUAAAGCAAGUCUUUCAAAGAACGCUCUUCGAAAGUUUGACAAACAGAUUGAACAGAUGGAUAUUGCUGAAGAAGAAGAAGAAGAGGAUGAGGACUGCGAAAUGGAAGAUGAUGCUAGUGAUUUCACCACGGUUUCAACAAUUCGGCCGAAAGGUGAAACUCCGGAACAGAGAAGGCUUCGAAAAGCAGCUGUGAAGGAAGCGAGAAGGGCACGACGAGAGGAGAAGAAGGCUAAUAAGACAGCGUUUGCGGUAGAGAGCAGAAAGCUAGCGAAGGGUCGAAUCGGACAAAUCAAAGCGCGUCCCGUUUAA